UAUUUAGAAUGCCUUCUACUACAAUAAAAAAGUUCAUUUAUUUAAGAUAUGUUUAAUACAUGCAAUAAAUAUAUUGUCUUUCGGAAUACAAAACUAUAAUUUUUAAAUUAAUUUGCGCAUAUGUGUUUCGAUUAUUUUGAAAUAUGGCAUUCCCACACCGCGAAAGUGUUGCUUCUUUCUUUUUUAUUUGCUUAAAAUAUAAAAUGGUAUAUACUGCUUGAAAUAUAAAAUGGUAUAUACUGGCGGCACUGGCAGUUGUCAGCUGAUUUCAGUUACGGUCAUUGAUGUUUUCUUAAACUGCGCGCUAAAUUUGCAUAAACUGAAAAUUUUAAAUAUGCUGAAAAGAAAAUUAGAAAAACAAGCAGCACUAACUGAGGACAUUAAGCCCAAGGUAACUGCGUUACCUGGAGCCAUCAAUUCGGAAUUGUUUCGACAACCACUUUGGAUGGACUUCUAUGAAAUUGAGUGCACACUGAAUAAGAAAAUUGCUUCACUUGAACCGCCAAAAAAUAUUAAAUGCAUAUACAAUCCGUUAGAAUAUGCAGCCUCAUUGCAUUGCGCUUACCUACGUCGUUUCUUGAAAGGACGCAAGCAAUUAAUGUUCAUUGGCAUGAAUCCAGGUCCAAAUGGAAUGGGGCAGACAGGAGUACCUUUUGGCAACGUUCGUACUGUCCGUGACAUAAUGCAGCUAACGGGCGAGGUACUUCAGCCACCCUUGGUGCAUCCCAAACGGCCCGUGGAGGGACUGAAUUGCAAAAUUGAGGAGCCAAGCGGUGUGCGCUUGUGGGAGCUUUUUCUGCAUUUAGCAGGCGGGAGAAUCGAUACUUUUGCAGACCGAUGUUUUGUACACAAUUUUUGUCCCUUGGCAUUCUUCGACGAGCACGGUCAUAAUAUUACACCGAAUGAGUUGAAAGGCGCAUAUAAGCAGCAGAUACGCGACAUAUGUUUGAAUGCUUUAGAACAGUUGCUUAACCUGGUUCAGCCACAAACUGUGGUGGCAGUGGGUGAGUACGUUUAUACAGCAUUAAGUCGCUCGUCUUACUGUAGAUCAGUAUCAGUAUCUGUUUUCCGCUUACCACACCCGAGUCCUCGUGCUCUAAACAAUAGCAAUUGGGUGGAAAAGGCUAGCAACUUCUUGCAGAAAAACGGCCUAAUUACAAUAAUGCGCAAUGAGGUUAAAGGGGAAUAUGAUUCAUGUACAUCUAAGAAUAUUAAAUAAAAUAGUUUUAAUGUUUGUCUGGGCUUAACCUCAUAGAAUAUGAAA